AUGGCAGUCACACCCGCACCCAUUGGCGUCGUUCCUGCACCCGACAACCUCGCUUCCUCCCUCAACAACGACCAACAGCAACAACAGCAAGCUAUCAUGGCAGCCCAAGACGCUCCAGACUAUAACCCGCAACAACAACCAACACCCGACACCCAACUCAUCGACCAAGACUCCUACAACGGUCGCACCCCACAGGCAACCUACCGAACCUACGACCCAGCCAUGGAGACCCUCUCUAGUUCUGCCGCGCUUUCUGAAGACUACGAUCCACCGGGCCCCACGACACAGGUGGAUGCUGAUAUUCAGAAGCUUGCAGAGUCGUUGACGUUGAGGGAGUUGGCGGGCCAGAUGACGCAGAUUCAGAUUGGGAUGUUGUUGGAUAAGAGUGGCGAGUUGGAUUUGGGCAAGGCUGAGUAUUGGAUUGGGGAGUGGGGUGUUGGUAGUUUCUUGGAUACUCCUACCAACCAUGGCGGCAAGUACCUGGCGUACUCUGCUAAACGGUUCGCAAAGAUUAUGCAAUCCAAAAGACUGGACUCAGUGCAUGGCGCAAACUACGUGGACGGAGCGAUAAUGUUCCCGCAACAAAUCGGACUCGCCGCAACGUUCAAUACCACCCACGCCUAUGAGGCUGGACGGAUCACUGCCAAAGAUACUCGUGCGGCAGGGAUCCCUUGGGUGUUUGCGCCUAUUUUGGAUGUUGCUGUCCAUAAAUUGUGGCCCCGUGUCUAUGAGAGUUUUGGCGAAGAUCCGCAUGUGGCGUCGGUGAUGGGAAGUGCGGUGAUCAAGGGUCUACAGGGCAACUACAAGAAGGACCGUACACGCGUCGCGGCUUGUAUGAAGCACUUUAUCGGAUACUCUGGCUCCCGCAACGGACAAGACAAGUCGUCGGCGUGGAUCCCGGAUAACUACCUGAUGGACUACUUCGUCCCCCCUUUCCAGGCCGCAAUCGACGCCGGCGUCGCAACGGCCAUGGAAACUUACAUCGACGUCAAUGGUCAACCCGUCGUCGGGUCACACUUCUACCUCACCGAACUUCUCCGUAACCGGUUGGGGUUCGAAGGUAUGCUUGUCACCGACUGGGCUGAAGUGGAUCGGCUCUUUACUGAACACCGGAGUGUGCCCAGUUUGAAGGACGCGACGGCACAGUGUUUGAGGCAGACGUCUGUAGAUAUGGUGAUGGUCCCAGAGUCGGAGAGUUUUGCAAAGGAUGCGGUGACGCUGGUUCAGGAGGGGCGAUUGGAUAGAGAGAGGUUGGUGGAGAGUGUGGCCAAGGUUUUGCAGCUCAAGAAGGAUGUAGGGCUGUUUGAACAGCCGUUGAGUGAUCCGGCGUUGUUGCCCCUUGUGGGGAGUCAGCAAGAUAUUGAAGCUGCAAAGGAGGCUGUGAGGGAGAGUGUUACUGUACUCAAGAAUGAGGAGGGGGUCUUGCCCUUGUCCAAGAAGGCGAAUGGGAAGAUAUUUGUGACGGGGCCAGCUGCAAAUUCUAUCCGUGCGCUGUCGGGUGGUUGGUCGAUCAAGUGGCAGGGGGCAGAGAAGGAUGAAUGGUACCAGAACCGUGGCGAGACUAUCCUCGAAGGGCUCCGCCACGAAUUCGGAUCUCGUUCCGUCUCUUACGCGCCCAGCGUCGACUUUGACGGAAACUCGAUCGAAGAAGGAGAGCACGGCUCAUACCUCCAAGCAGCCACAGAAGCGGACACGGUGGUCCUCUGUCUCGGCGAGAAACCCUACGCAGAGAUAGUCGGCAAUAUCGACACCCUCGACCUGCCCGGGGGCCAACUGCAACUGAUCCUCAACAUCUCCCAACGCGUCCGCGGGUCCAACACAAAAAUCAUCCUCGUUCUCGUCGAAGGCCGUCCUCGGACUUUACAAUGGCUCCCAGACCAUGUCGACGCCAUCGUCAUGGCAUACCUCCCAGGUCCCUGGGGCGGGCACCCGAUCGCCGAGGUGCUGAGCGGAACUGUCAACCCUUCAGGGCGCUUGCCUAUAACAUACCCACGAGGGCCCAGUGACAUGGGUGCAAAUUAUUAUCGGUCCGGGAUUGAUCCUUACAAGCCCUUGUUCCCCUUUGGCGCGGGGUUGUCGUAUUCCACGAUCGAGUAUUCCGGGUUGAGGUUGAAUCACCCCGAGUUGCAUACUACGACGUACGAGAAGAAGGAUGUUGGUGACCCGGGUGAUCUUUUGGAGGAGGGUAAGGAAGCUGUGGGGGAUGAGAAUGAUGAUGGCGAGGAGGCAGAGGCUAUCGAGGAGAUACAAAUGGACGACGACGACAGCAGCAACGCCGCCCAGGUCCUCAAGGAAAGCCAUCAUCACCAUCACCAAAAACGCGAUACAACAACAACACGCCUCCGAAAACACCCCUCCGGCUUACCACCCGCCAGCAUCAGUGCAACAAUCCGCCUUAAAAACACAUCCACCCGACCCGUCAAAGAAACAGUCUUCUGGUACAUAACCCAAGACUACCGGUCUGACAUCAUGCCCGAGGCAUACAUGCUCCGCGGAUUCGAGAAGGUGUCCCUGGACGCCGGGGAGUCCAAGGACGUCAAGUUCCGGAUCCGUCGGUCGGCGUUGGCGUAUCAUGGCAGGAAUUUGAGGAAGCGGGUUGAGAAGGGUAGUUUUACGUUGACGGUGAAUGCGAUGCGGCCUGAGGCCCAGUCCAUCAAGUUCAACGUCGUUUGA